GCGCAGGGACUGGCUCUCCCGCAGCCAUUUUCUGUCCAACCAAACGGCCGAGCUGAGGCGAGAACCAACCAGGGCUUCAUCGCAGAUGGACGGAGACAGUUCAACUACAGAUGCCUCCCAACUUGGCAUAACAGGAGAAUAUAUGGCUGGUAGUCACUUUGUUCUAGCUCAAGCUCCAGAAGAUGAAGGUGAUGAGGGUCUCGACGACCACGAGGAUGGCAAUGGAAGCAAAGAUAACCUACGUGAACAAGACAUCUAUCUCCCCAUCGCCAACGUAGCUCGGAUCAUGAAGAAUGCCAUCCCACAAACUGGAAAAAUAGCAAAGGAUGCCAAGGAGUGUGUGCAGGAGUGUGUGAGCGAGUUCAUCAGCUUCAUCACUUCAGAAGCCAGCGAGAGAUGCCAUCAGGAGAAACGCAAGACGAUAAACGGCGAAGACAUCCUGUUCGCAAUGUCCACGCUGGGUUUCGACAUGUAUGUGGAGCCUCUGAAGCUCUACCUGCAGAAGUUCAGAGAGGCCAUGAAAGGAGAGAAAGGCAUAAACACCGUAACAGUAACCGAAGGCAUGGGAGAGGAGCUGACCGAUGAGACUUUCACAAAUCCACUACCUGCAGGAAUCAUAACAGCUGAUGGACAGCAACAAAAUGUGAUGGUUUACACCACCUCCUAUCAGCAGAUCCCAGGUGUGCAACAGCUCCAGUUCUCCUGAAGAUGUGCAGAAAUCAACACCUAAUCAUCACGAAUCAGACCUCCACACUUCCACAGGUCAUGAGCAGUGGGGUCUGCUAUGGAGAUCUUCAGUGGACUCUCACAGGUCACAGAGCUGGACUUCUAUGUUUGUUUAGCUUGUUUUUGUGUGUGCUCCGUGUGUGUCUGUGCACACACCUUAUGAUUUUACGUGACUAGUCUGUUGGGUGUUAUUUAUUUUUUUUCAUCAUACAUUUGGAGUUUUAUCCAUGUAAAGGUUUGGGGUAAAAGGGGUCCUGAGUGGGUUCAAAACUAACUCACCCCUCUAUCAAAGCAAUAAAAUAGAACAAAUGUGAAUUUUCCUGCAACUUAGUGGAAUGAGGGCUUUACUCCUUUUUUUUAUAUAGAUUAAAAAUCAUGUUGCAUGUGUAAUUUCAGUUUGAUGA